CAAGUCUAUUGAAAUGGGACAGCUGACAUAAUGACAGAUGCUUGAUAUACACAGCUGAUGUGUUAGGUGCCUGUUGCUAAAUAGAGAUGGGCCAUGGCUAUGUCCUUACUGUGCACUGCCUACAAUGUACAGUACACUCAUUACUGUGCACAGUACCAGUGCAGUUGAAUCACCAACCAGCCAUAAUGAAGCAAAGGACACCUUUGUUGCAUAUCAAUGCAGAUAAAUUGGUAUCCCAUGUACACUGUACAUGUACAUUGUAAAUGUACAGGUCUGCUGGUUCUGUUGUAUCAACCUGAUGUCCAUUUGAGUAUCAUCAACAGCCACAGACUAUGAUAGCAGGGGCGGGGCUUGUUACCCCGUCAGGGGUGGGGCUCAUGGGCCAGGUUCCUGACGACCUGGAAGUGGACGAUGACCCAAGACCAGAGCCCAAUGACCUCUUUGUCGACUUUGGGAUGCUGAUCCUGGAGGGGCGGAAGCCAGAGCGGUCCGUCAAGGGGCGUGUGGAAGGGGAGCACUGUCCACCUCGGUACCCAAAUGAAAUUAGGCACAGGUGUGCCCCGGAUAGGGUGGCAAGGUGCAAGCAGAUAGAAGCUGCCCGCUCGUACAUCUGCUUCCUGUGUCUCAACAACAUCCCGAUGUCCAUCGAGGUCUUGCUGUACCCGGACUGCUGUCGGGAGGGGGAGCAGGCAGGCAUAGAGAUGACCAGCACCAGCGAGGAGACGGCGCAGACCCCUGACCAGCCCUCCCCGCACCUGCUCCUGGAGCAGUGGAUUAUCCAGCUGCUACCAAAGAGGUUCCCUGAUGGGCACUCCCAUAGCCACCUGCUCUUCCAGGCUGUACGAUCUUUCUUGCAUUUCUCUCAGAUCAGUGCCUGGCUCAGCUCCACGCAGGGACGAUUACCAAAGAACAUUGUCUACAGGGUCUGUGCCCCAGGGGAGUCGUUUCCAACCAGUUUUUCUUCUACUCCGGAGGUGCACACUUUCCCCAUCCUGAACCUGUCCAAGUCGUCUAGUCUACGGGUCACUGUUGCUUCUCUACCUCGCUCUCAGAGCAUACCUGCGCUUCCCUGCUACAAUGCGGCUCAUUCUGCCAUGGGCAGAGCCGCCAGGAAGGGUGGCAGUGAUAGGGAUGCUGAAGAUGAUGACAGGGAGUUCAGUUAUUCCUUCGUUGAUCCAAGCCGAGAGCGGGAUCAGCGGAGUGGAGAGGAACUGAAGGAGGAAAGGAGACAGAAGCAGGAUCAGAAGACGAUGCAUGUCUCCAGUGGAGCAGCAUCAUCAGACCAGGAAGAACUGGCAAGACAGGGGAGUGCUACGGCUGCUCAGAAGUUGCGAGUCUUGCUCCCCGAGCCCAAAGACACACCUCCCUUCCACCCAGAGCAGAAGGGGCACAAACUACCAAAGUUGAGAGACAGCUCCCCGCAGCAUGUUCGCCGCCGCCCCUUGAGACCAACAACCUGUGACAACCUCCCCCAGAGGCCGGCAUCAAGCGAGAAGUUCGAGGAGAAGCCACCAACGUCGGCCAAGCUGAGAUGCCAGCAGGCAGAGGAAUCCAGCAAGGGGAAGCACACCCCGACCUAUGAGCUGUAUUACACCAGCGGCCAGCCCAGCUUCUCCACGGUGGAGUUGGAGCGGCGGAUCCAGGAGCUGAAACUACAGAAGCUGGAGAGGAGUUCCAGUAGCUCCCCUGAGUGUGUGACAUCGACCCCCCCGCCCUCACGGGGGGAGUCCACUCCAAGACCUAUCUGUGCUUGGAGAGAUAGGACGCCCAGUCUAGAGGAGGACGAUGGCAUCUUCUUCACGGCCAAGUCCUCUCUGGAAGACCGGGGAUUUGCCGUGCAAGAUGUGCACAGGACGUCGCACAGAGAGGACGAGGAUGUGCCCUCUACAGAGUUUGGCACGCCUCUCUCCACAGUUCCCUGGUUAUCUUACCAGAAGUCCACGGAUUCAGACUCCGGAAACCAGGGCCACACACACUGCGAAAGUCAAGCUGAGAGCGUCUUUGUUGGGAAUCAACCAAAGCAUGGUUUCAGCGGAACAGACAUCCCAACAUCCUUCAGCCAAUCCAAUGCAAGAAAAAGCAAUUUUUCACCCCAAACACCUGAAAUGCAAUCGCCGCACUGCCCCUAUGCAAUUGGUGGUGCUGAACCAACAGGCAACAACGCCUUGUCAAACGUUAGCCAACAGCCAAGCCAACCACUAACCACUCAAAACCAGAGGACAACCAUUGAUCACGUCCAAGGUGCCUACACUAUCCUUGGCUGCUCACCCUGUCAGAACCAAGCCAACCAAAGUCCGUCUGCCAGUGCUGUCUCAGGGAACACCCCUUCUCCUACAUCCUCACCUCGCCAUGCCCGUAGGCGGGGCUUCAGCCUCGACAGCCAUGACUUUCAGGCCAAUAUCCCAGCGCCUUUCCGCAAGCCACUGCAGUACGAAGGGAGUUCAGAAAACACAACCAGUGUCUCCUCUCCGUUCACCCCAGUAUUUGGAAGAAGCAAGUCCUUGUUCAAGAGCAUCCUUGGAAAGGAAAAUAAUGCUCGAAGCAAAGAGAGUCUACCGGCAGAGAGUGGGGAGGCCACCACUCCGCCUACGCUGUCAGGCCUGAGGAGUGGUCUGAUGAGAAGAUCCCUGGAUAGCUCCAACACCUACGUCUUCAACCCCAGCACUGGCCUGCCCAUUAACUCCAGUCCAGCACCUCUGCGUAAAGCCAAGACAGAACAGGACUGUGCAUCACUACUCAAACCACGCUCUCUUCUCAAGAGUUCUCCUUCAUGCAAUGAUCUUGAGAACUCCAACGUACCACUGUCUCAGGCUACCAGGGUAUUCAGCACCAGUGCCCCAGCCUCAACGAGCUGUCUGUUAGGCAACUUUGAGGAAUCAGUAUUGAACGGCAGGCUUGAGCCGCUAGGAACAAUCGAUGGAUUCACGGCUGAGAUCGGGGCCAGCGGGUCAUUCUGUCCCAAGCACAUUACACUUCCUGUCACAACGUUCUUCUACAGUGUGUCCGAUGAUGACGCACCCUCUUCAUAUUUUGGUUACAUUAACCUGGAACAUCUUGGAAGGCGAGGAUACCACAUACCCAAAGUAGGAACCAUCCAAGCUACACUGUUCAAUCCCAACAAGACGGUGGUCAAGAUGUUCGUGAUGCGGUACAACUUGUCGGACAUGCCGCCCAACUGCCAGACCUUUGCACGGCAGCGGAUCUACUACAUGCCCAGCAAUGCACAGCUGGCGGACGACUGUGAGAAGGAGCUGCGGUACCUCAUACACAUCAGGUUUCAAAGCUCCAAAUCUGGAAAGAUCUACCUCCACACGGACAUCCGGAUGAUUUUUGCCCGUCACAGUCCCGAUCUGGAGUCUGCACUUGGUACUUACGAACUUCGCUCUUUUACUGAGACACCAACCAACCCACGUUUCUCACCUAAGAAGCGAUAACGGUUUGCCUGUGACGUAGCUUUUGUGUCAGGUUUAUUUAUCCAGUGCAUAUCAUGAACAAUGGAUGAAUUUCUUAGCUUCCAUUCGCAUGAAUUGUAGAUAAAUCCAACGAUAUAUUUACAGAGAGCUCAAGAAUAAUUCAUGCCCCUUUUAUGCAUUGUUUAAGCAUAACAUGACCACGAUGUGUGUAUAUAUUUUGUGUACGGAUGAUGUGUGUGCAGUCGUCUGUUUUGAUAAACCAAAAGAGAUAAAGAAAAGCACUAAAAAUCCUCCCCCAAAAGCUCAAAAUGUAAAACUCUGUUUUCAAAGUUGUUAGAAAUAAUUUUUUAAGGCUUCAAUUGGAAAGUGUGCGACAUCUGUUCUUUCUUCUUAACCACUUGCUGCCAGAUGUAAUUUGAAAUUGCAUGACGUAAACCCGGGAGAUUUUCCAUUUUCAAAAUUGUUCAAAAAUCAGAGCUUCAUUUACUACACCCACGCGAAACUACUCUAAUCUGACAGACAACAUCUAUUGAUGCCUGAAUUUUUCAGCGAGGCUUGCUGCCUUUGUAAAAAGAGCCCAGAUUGUGCAGUGUUAUGUAACUUUCUUCUGUUCCCGAAACUGACACAGUGCGCUAGCGGCGUCUUUUCAAUGGGUGCCAGAUUAAGUGUGCAUCGGUAGGUAAUCACUCAUCACUGGAGCGCUUUUGUCCCCGGUGGUAAUCCACUCAUACUGAAUGCCACAAACAGUGGUAUAAUCUCUCAAACAAAGGACGGUUUUCCCCUGCUCUUGACAACCGAAAAAAAGUUGGCAAUUCCCAGCAGCUCGGUCUUUUGUUCCGAGUACGGUCUUUUGUUAUAAGGCCCGGCUCUUUUGUCCGGUUUCGGGCUCCCCGGUUUCGUGUAUUAAGUCUAUGUGCCCGAAAUGGGGUUCCGUGGCAGCAAGUGGUUAAAGAAACAUUGCUGGUAAUUAUCCUUUUUUUUCCAGAUGACCUAUGUUUUCAAUCUUGUAAUGGGAGCAGGAUUUAAGAAGCACAAAAAGAGAAACAAAAAUCAUGUAGUAUUUCCAGCAAAACUUUAUUUUUAAUAGAGCCAUGGGGCUCAUAUAUUUGAAAAAUUCAAAGUGUCUUGGAGGCCUUAACUUUUCUGCCACCACGAAAGACGCAAACAUUACCUUGGCUUCUGUGCCUGCUGUUUUGAAAAUUUUUGUCUUGUGUUUUUUGCAAUUUUUUCAAAUUUUUGAUUAUUAUACAUGUGUAUUUAUUGUAAUGAAUCUAUCAUUGUAUUAAUUUUUUGAUUAAGAUUUUUUUAGUUUCGUGCAAUAAACAAGUCAAGUAAAAAGGACAGUCAUGAGUCACAGAACAAUGAAAAUUCUGACUGAAAAAGCCCACACAUAUAUUUUGUCUCCCAGCAACGACACUGCUCUCUGGGAAUGACCUUUGCCAUCUGAUCUUGUGUCAAAGGUUAGCAGUUUAUUUUGUCUAGCAGUUUGAAUGGAAACUGUGUUCAUAACUAUUUCUGUCGAUGCACCCAAACUAGUUCAUGGUUGAAAUGUCAGACCAUGACAGAUGGUGUUUGGUGAGCAGAUAGAAAUACAAGCAGUCAGUACCUUUUGGCUCAGCGUAACUUGCAAGACAUAUCAUUGGCUACAAGGAACAGUGUUGUAUUGGAGUCCAUCACAAGUCAUCCUUAAGCCAAUUCACAAGCUAUUCAAAUGAGCUGUGACAAAAACAUUCUUAUGUCAUUGUUCACACUGUUACUUACGACUGGCCUUGUGAAGAGACUUGUGGAAGGACUUGUGAUGGACUCUGACAGGGACCAAGUCAAGAUGGCUGAAGGAGGUUUGCAUUUUCAGCUCUUUUGAGAUUCCUCUUUUGAUAACAAGAUACUCUUGAGUGUGAUGUUGGAUGGUGAUUGUGUUUGAACUUGUACAGUGUUUCAAGAUGAUAAACUGGAUAGCAGCAUUUUCUCAUUCUUAAAGGGAUAUAUCUAUUUAUUUUUUAAUCAUGAUUCUGUAAUUAUUAGCCAAAAAAAAAACAAACACACUGCCUAGUGCAUGUGUGCCAAGCCACACCCAUAAUUCA